AAAGGUGCUAGUUAUUAAUGAUAAAAUGGCUCAUUUUGACGAGAAGUCUGGUCUCGUUCCAUGUGCUACCCCGUGGGGUUCCUGGUCCCAGACUAUAGACGAGGUGUUCAUUGAAGUGAACGUUAGGGAAGGGACCAGGAGCAAGGACAUCAAAUUUAAUAUAACACCUUCUAAAUUGAGCCUGAGGGUCUCUGGAGAGCUUUUAUUCGAGGGCAAAUUGGCGGGAAAUAUUGUUGCCGAUGAGUCUGUGUGGACAUUAGAGGACAGGAAGUUGAUCAGACUGGUCCUAGUUAAGUCAGGUAGAGAAGCCUCCAACUGCUGGCAGUCUUUGCUAAUAGGACAGUAUGAGUGUGACCCACUGGUGUUCAAUGAAAUGGAGAAGAAACUGACACUGGAAAGAUUUCAAAGAGAAAAUCCUGGAUUUGACUUUAGUGGUGCUGAUAUCAGUGGUAAUUAUCAUAAAGGAGGCCCACAAUUAACUGCAGAUGAUUAAUCUUUAACAUACUUUUCUAUGAUAUCUAUUCAAAUUUUUAUCAUUGUGUGAUGUUAUACCGUAAAAGUUCUAUUUACAUAAAAUAAUUAUUUUCUACUAAA